AUGGAGGAUAAGGCAAUGAUGUUGAUGAUAUCCUUACCUCCGUCUUAUAAGCACUUUCUCAUGACGUUGAUGAUCUACAAGAGUACAUUGAAUUUUGAGGAAGUCGAUCAAGACGUGAUGUUGCACCAUAGAAUGGCUCAAUGUUCGAAAGAGGGCCCUCAAGAUGUGAGUCUAGAGAGGGGUCGUACAAGCAAGCGUGAGGGCAAGGAAGGCAAUGUAUGGAAGGAGAAGCGGAACAAGUUGAAGAAUGUCAAAAGUGCAAGCGCAGCCAACAUGUCUAUUGAUGACGCUAAUGAUGAACUUGUGAUGGUUACAGAUAAAGAGUGUAUCGGGGAAGUUGUGGUGCAGAAGUUAUAG